AUGCCUGGAGAUGAAGGAGAAAAUGACCGCCUGACUGGCCAGAGGGUCCAGCAUGAGUAUGAAUCUCAGUCUCUACUAUCGUCCCCCACAGAAGAAGAGGACGAUCUCAUAGUCCAUUCCGCCUCCCCCGGUUCGUCCCCAGCGCCCGCAAGCAGCACCCACGCAGAUGCGCAGCGCCAAUCCUCCAUAUUAUACCCAACUCCAGAUGGUCAGCGCCGAACACCCCGCACAACGAACCGAGUCCAUUUUGACCUAGAGGAGGAUGAGGAGGAAGACGAUCGCUACUCCAAUGGGCAUGCCCGUAGCCCCGACAGCGAUGCGCCAUGGCUGGAUGACGAAGACUACGAGCUUGGCGAGCAGGGCAGAUCGGGGGUACGAAACACAGGGCAGACAGUUCCCCUUCUCACCAACAUUGAGGCUCCGAGUGUGACACUAGCAACUUCGGAUGACUUCUUCCCUGAGGAACACCUGGAGAGCGCGCGGCCGAGGAGUGGCAUGAGGAUGGCGUUUAUGAAUAUGGCAAACAGCAUUAUCGGGGCAGGGAUCAUUGGACAGCCCUACGCACUUCGCCAAGCGGGCAUGACUAUGGGUAUAUUGCUAUUGACAGCAUUGACUUUGACGGUGGACUGGACGAUUCGUCUGAUCGUCGUCAACUCCAAAAUGAGUGGCGCGGACUCCUUUCAAGCUACUAUGCAAUAUUGCUUUGGAAGAAGCGGCUUGAUAGCAAUCUCCAUCGCUCAAUGGGCAUUCGCGUUUGGCGGUAUGGUUGCAUUUUGCAUCAUUGUCGGCGAUACGAUUCCACAUGUCCUGGGCGCCCUGUUCCCGUCCCUUCGGGAAAUGUCCUUUCUAUGGCUGCUUACUGAUCGCCGGGCUGUCAUUGUGCUCUUCGUUCUUGGUGUCUCCUACCCUCUCUCACUAUACAGGGAUAUCGCUAAGUUGGCGAAAGCAUCUGCAUUGGCCUUGGUCAGCAUGAUAGUCAUCGUGGUCACGGUCAUCACACAGGGCUUCCGUGUCCCAGCAGACUCGCGUGGGGAAAUUAAAAGCCACCUUAUCAUCAAUUCGGGGUUCUUCCAAGCUGUGGGCGUGAUAUCUUUUGCAUUCGUCUGCCAUCAUAACAGCCUUUUGAUCUAUGGGUCAUUGAAGAAACCAACACUCGACCGCUUUGCAGCAGUGACCCAUUACUCAACAGGAGUAUCUCUAGUCAUGUGUCUAGCCAUGGGCAUCGCGGGAUUCCUCUCUUUUGGCUCAAAGACACAAGGGAACGUGCUCAACAAUUUCCCGUCGGAUAAUAUUUUGGUCAAUAUUGCCCGAUUUUGCUUUGGCUUGAACAUGCUGACUACCCUUCCCUUGGAGGCCUUUGUCUGUCGCUCUGUGAUGACAACUUAUUACUUCCCAGACGAACCUUACAACCCCCAUCGGCACCUGAUCUUUACCACAGCUCUGGUCCUUACAUCAAUGGGGUUGUCAUUGAUUACGUGUGAUCUCGGCAGUGUUUUUGAGCUGAUUGGAGCAACCAGUGCGGCGGCACUUGCAUACAUCUUUCCUCCUCUCUGCUACAUCAAACUUAGCACCGCUUCGCGGCGGGAAAAGAUACCAGCUUAUGCGUGUGUUGGGUUUGGGCUCGUAGUCAUGGGCGUCAGUGUCGUCCAGGCGGUUGCAAAGAUCAUUCGAAAUGAUGGCGAAGGUCGUUCGUGCAGUGCUUCUUAG